UGUGUGUGUGCGUGGCUGAUGACGUCAGAGGCUGAAUGGGGGGCGGGGUUUUGUCUGACUGGGACAAAGACGGCGGGGGUCAUUAAACACACGCACACCUAUCCUGUGGACAAUGCGAUCCUCUGGAGCCCCGCCCCCUUCCACAGGAAAUAGUUGCUAACGACGACCCGGUCUCCGCGGUGACGGAUUACGAGGAGGCGGGACGAGGUCGGGUCAGGGGUCGUGAGGGAGAGAGACAGAGAGAGGAGCAGUCAUCUGUUUUGAUUACAGAAUACUGGACUCUGAUUGGCUGGGAGAUGAUGAUGAAGAGGAGGAUGAUGAUGCGACUCUCGGAUAGUAACCGCUGUUUUUAAUCAGAGCUCCAGGUGUGUUAACCUGCAGGUAACCGUAGCAACAGGACUGAUGCUUCAGGCUACGCUAGCAGCUAACCCACUCAAGGACCCCUGGAACGUCUUUUAGAACCCUUGGAACCCCCUUGAGGACUCCAGGACCUUCUUGUCAGUGUCAGUGAGGAGGUUCCAGGAGUCUUUGAGGGAUUCCAGGGUCCUUGAAGGGGUUCCUGGAGUCCCCUUAGAGUAUCCGCUGCAAGGAACAUAUAAGCUUCAAUGUGGACCUCUGGUACCUUCUCAAGGACGCCUUCAGCUCCCUCACGGACUCCAGAAACCUCCUCCAGGACCAUUUGUACGGUGGUCCUGAGAGCUCGAGGACAGCAGCUUACCUCUUCAUCAGUUUACCAACACGUGUGCAGCAUUCAGAGAAAACGCGUGUUUUGUUAAGUUGCAGUGCGCUGAGCUCUCAGGGCCACCGCACAUUUGAGCCUCCACAUUGAUCUUGCCCACCUCUCAAGGACCUUGGAACCUCCUCCAGGACCAUUCCAGCCUCCCUGACAACAGUUUGAACCUCCUCAAGGACCUCUAAAACACCCUUCAUGAUUAAAAAGUGAUUUUUCAUCGUGAACGAACUCUUUCACAGGAGAUUUUUUAACCUUUACGUCUGAUUGUUUUUGUCUCUUUCUUCCUCCAUGUUUCAGUGUUUUCACACGUAAACAGCAUUAAGACUGUGUGUGUGUGUGUGUGUGUGUGUGUGUGUGUGAGACCCGUCGUCGGGGGUAACAGCAGUAGGAAUGUGUGACAUCACAGCGCUGAGUCGUAUAUUAGCGUGCGUCUGUCCUCUGCACGGAGACCACCGACGCGUCCUGACACCGAGACAGGACAGACACAAACACACCAGACUUCAUUCAAAAAAACAGAACUUUUGAGUCUUUUUACGACAUCAUCUGAGACCAAUAAUCAAUUCUUUCGAUUGGAGAAAUUCAUUUUGACCGAAAGCUUUUGAGCAGGUUAGAUUACUGAUCGACGACCAGCGGAGUCUUCUGGAGUUUGUUGGGAUUUUUGUUUUAAAUUUGGAUUUUUGUUGGAAUAUUUCUCUUCGUCUUCCUGCGUCAAUGGCUGCUUCAUCUUCCUCCUCCUCGUCUUUCAUUCCUCUCCUCCUCCUCUUCCUCACCGUUGCCGUGGAGUCGAGACCUUCACCUCAACAAGACGACAAACAGGUCUUACACUCUCUGUUUGGCUCUCGUCUCUCUUCUCUCAUCUUGGCCCCGCCCACCACUGAUGACAUCACAGAGGGCUCAGCAGGACGCCCCGCCCCCUCCUCCUCGUCCGGGGGAUUGGUUGCGAGUCAUGGCGCUGCGAGGGGAUUGGCUGGCAGACAGGAGGCGGUCCCGCGGUUCUUCCGCGACUUCCUGAAGCAACAGUCCAAGAUGAGGAGGCGGAGCAGGAAGUCGACGGUCGGAGGGAGAGGAUGCUUCGGGAUGAAGAUGGACCGCAUCGGCUCCAUCAGCAGGCUGGGCUGUUAGAGUGUGUGUGUUACCAUGGUGACAGUCAGACUGUUGGUAUAGUGCUACAUUUCACCACUGUAGGUCCUCUAUGAUGUUGCCAUGGUAACCGCUGGUGACCUGGACUGACUUCCUCCCAGAAAGGUUGACUCCACCUGCAUCUUGUGACCUUUGUGAUGUCACAGCAGGCGACCCCGAGCUGACCCUGCAUGACCUCUGACCUCCAGGAACUCCCGGUCCAUCGGUCAGAGACUUCGUGUUGGAACUUUACUAAUGAAGGACUAAAAUAAAGGAAACGUGCACCUGUUAUGGUGAGGUAGACAUCAGAGGAAUCCUCUGGAAUCCUACUAAUGACCCCUGACCCCUGACCCAUGACCCCUGGCUACAACACAGCCAGCAGAACACUGUGUGUGUGUGUGUGUGUGUGUGGACCAACUGCAGUCUGACUACACGCUGCAAUAAAAUGAAAGAGAAACUUG